GUGAGGGCAUUCCAUUUCGGGUCACGCUCACGCGUUUUCCAUUUCUUCCUUUUAGAAUUCCGUGGGCGGAGGUGUAUUUGCCGUCCUCUUUCUCUCUUUUUCUGUACUUCCACCUUGCCUGGUAUGGCGAAGCAGAAGCAAGUCGACACCGUUGGUCGACGUCGCUCACUGUCUGACCCACUCUCUGCUGCCCUUCUCCCUCCCCCAAACGAGACUCUCGACCAACGAGAGUCCCGCCUCCAAGCCGCCACCGACGCAAAGAGGAUAAGCGAUGGUAUAGACGAAAUGAUUCGUAAUGAGCGUAACCACCGCAAAAAGUCUCGGGCGGAGGUCCAGGUCUUGCUCCUUGGCCAGUCUGAGUCGGGGAAGAGCACUUGUAUUAAGCAAUUCCAGCUUCUGCACACUCCUGCUGCUUUUCACGCGGAGCGAAUUGCCUGGCGCGCGGUUAUCUAUCUCAACCUCGUCAGAUCGGUCAGAAGAAUUCUGGACGCGCUACAGCCAGAAGCGGACCACCUUGAAGAUGCUGCAGACGAAGUUGACUCAUACUCCCUUGAGCCUGCCUCUCUCAUCAUCUCAGCAACUGGCCGGCCAGAGUCCGCUAUCCUCGGCACAAAGGUCCCCAACUAUGAGGGAUACCGCCGACGUUUACAGCCUCUUAUGCAACUUGAAGACCGUCUAAUACGAAUGCUCUCCUCUCCAGAGGAAGACGAACCCACACAUUUUGGGCCUUGGGAGACUUACUCGCCCCAGCCAUAUACGCCUACUCACAACGGUCGACCUGCACCAACGAUUAUGAUCCCUCCGACACGACAAUUAUCAACUCCUUCUCCCAUGAACGGCAGCUCCUCUGGCUCAGCGUCUUCGCCAACAAAUAGUAUAACAACAGGCAGCGAAGUCGCAGUACAUACGUCAAACAACUGGAAGAAAGCAUUCUCGCUUGGCGGUAGGGCCAAGAGUCCAAAGAGCGCUCAUUCAGGUGAGAUCGAGGGCUGGUGGGAAGACCCAGACGAUCCAGUUCAUAUUCUGCAUUCUUGCGCUCCGUAUAUGCAAGAAAUGUGGAGGGACAGAAAUGUCCGUGAGCGCCUUCGGGAGAAGCGACUGCGGCUUGAGGAGAGCAGUGGCUUCUACUUGAAUGAAAUUCCCCGGAUCACAGCCAAGAAGUACAUCCCCACUGACGCUGAUGUCCUUAAGGCACGGCUCAAGACGAUGGGGGUCGUUGAACACACAUUCUCGAUUUCUUCUGGAAGCAAUCGUGGUGUACAUUGGAAGAUCUAUGAUGUUGGUGGGUCUAGGAACCAACGACAAGCCUGGGCGCCAUACUUCGAAGACAUCAACGCCAUAAUAUUCCUGGCUCCAAUCUCAGCCUUUGACCAAGUAUUGGCCGAGGAUACCCGUGUAAACCGGGUUGAGGACUCGUUACAGCUAUGGCAAGCUGUCGUAGGCAACAAACUAUUAGCCAAGGUGAACAUUGUGCUGUUUUUAAACAAGUGCGAUCUGCUUCAGGCCAAGCUCGAAGCCGGCGUGCGACUGAACCACCACAUGAUCUCAUACGGAGACCGACCAAACGACUACGACUCGGUUUCUAAGUACUUCCGCAAUAAAUUUGGUGCAUUGCACCACGCUGUUACGCCCAAUAAGGAGCGAGAGCUUUACAUCCAUCUCACGGCCGUUACCGACACACGACGGACCGCAACGAUCAUUUCUAACGUGCGAGAUAUUAUCAUUAAAGGAAAUCUUAAGACCAUGAAACUUGUAUAA